UGUCACACGGUGGGUAUAGUGUUUAUAGUGAGAACCUAGGUCUGUCUACCAAAACGUUCGUUCGCCACAAGUACACGUCUGACAGGAAAGAGCACCUGAGUGUACAUGUACACUGUUUAGGCCGAGGUGUCGGAACUCCUAGCCAUGUCGGAGAAAGAAGAAAGAAUCGUCUCGCACUCUUCUGUCGAGAUAGACGCAGAAGUCCCCAGGCAUAAGUGCUGUUGGGUCGCCGUUUUGUCAUUGUGUCUGCUGACUGUCAAUAGCAUUGUGUGCAUACACUUGGCAAGAAGGUUAGCGUACGUGGAGGGACAACUCGUCAAGCAAUGUGUAUCUACCAGCGGGGAAAAUUUGACAGGAGGGAGGUUUGGGUACCAUAAAGAAUUAGAGAUGUCUCACGGAGCGAAGGUGCAUCCGGCUACAGUUGCAGGCAGCAAAAUGGAAGAAAGUCGUCUAUACAGCGCUUCAGCUUCGCUGCCCUUUCCAAGGGAAUUCGGACAUCAAAACAGAAAGAGAAGAUCAGAAACGAAAGCACUGCGUACCGUAGAGGACGCAAAACUCAUCCACCAGGAACGCUACAUAAGGCGAGACCGCAUGGCUGUCGAACAAGGAAGCCGUUAUAUAAGUGUUACUGUAGCGGGGGACGUGAUGAUCAAAGUAGGCGGACGCUGGUCUCCUAUUUGCUACGGGACCUUCUGGGCAGAAGAAGCUGACGUGGCGUGUAAACAUCUAGGUGGACACAUCAUCCCCUAUGUCUAUAGUACUGUCGAAGGCGUCACCGAAACAUCGCGGUCUCCUGUUGUGUCCUGCCAGGGUUACGAAAAGAACUUAGGAGAGUGCAGGAUAGUGACAGCGAAUGCGAGCUGUGAGGAGGGCCAUUCAGUCAGACUUUUAUGUUAUGCCCGUUUUGAGUUUCUACUCUCUGGUGGUCAGAAACCGAACGAAGGCAGAGUGGAGCUCCGUACACGAGUAUUAGAAGACAAUUUCUGGGGCGGUUUCUUGAGCAGUAUAAGAGGCCUCUACAGCAUCUGCAAGACAGGUUGGGACAUUCAUGCCUCAGACGUUCUCUGCAGACAACUCGGAUACAAAAGAGCCGUCCAAAUCUCCGUCGACUUCAGCCCCGGCUCAGGAACGAUUUUGCUUGGUGACAUACGGUGCACCGGCAACGAGUCCAACAUCCUGGAGUGUCAACACUCAUCGUUAGACAACUGUGACAAUGGGGAUGUUGUAGGGGUGGUGUGUGAUGUUGACGAAUGUAACUCCAACCCUUGCCAGAAUAACGGGACCUGUAUUAACGUUGUGGAUCAUUACAUCUGUCAGUGUGCACGUGGAUGGGUCGGCGUUCACUGUCAAAUAAAAGAAAAGUUGUCGUCGAUGGAACGAGCUUCACGUGACUGGGCGCACAUUGAAGCUGCCUCAGAUUCCAAAGGUGACACUCACACAGUGAAACUACAUGAUACUGUCCUCACAAAGCACUGGAAACAAUUUGAACCAUCCAACAAGUUCCUCUUCCACAGUGGCAUAUUGACUGUAUUGGAAGAGGGUGACUAUUAUGUCUACAGCCAGGUAAGAUGUAUCUAUCAGCAAAUUCAGAAUGUCCUUCUGGCAUGUUUUUGUUCUAGUACAUACACGUUUGGUAACGAUUGCAAUAUCGAACGGUAACAGUAUCGAGAGGAAAGAGAAAAGGCCUGUAAGAUAUUAGAUAAAAAAUAUAACUAAAAAGCUGGCAUUUUGCAAGCCAACGCACAUUAUUUUCAGAAUACUUUGUCAUUUUGUUACAAUAAUCAUAAGGACGCAUACCAAAGAACGUAAAAUAAUGGGUGUAC